AUGUCUUACUGGAUUUGCUGCAACUCCUGCUUCCUUUCCCCCAGCGCUGACCGAAAACUGGCUGUCACGACCUGUGGCCAUGUCAUCUGUAGCGUCUGUUAUCAGAAAGGAAAACAAGGGAACUGUUUAAUAUGCAAUGCCAAAUGCCAAGUGUCCCCUCUCUCUGGCAAAAGCAGCUCCGAGGUGAAGGCCCUGUUCACCGACGUCAACGUUGUGGCAACCAAACACUUAACAGAAAUCAGCAAAGUUAUAAUGUUCCAGGCGAGACAUCAAAAGAGAUUGUUGACUUAUUACCAGCAAAGGAAUGAGAAACUAGAAGAGGUAUUAGUCGAGGUGAAGCACGAAAUGCAGCACAUGAAAAAGAAGCUGAGUGAACAAAGCGCCUACAUCACUAAGCUGGAAAGCUCUCUUCAACAUCAGAGUGCCAAAGUGUCAUCAGUGCAUCCGAUGAGCCAUAGUUCCCACACUGCACAUGGACAGAAAUCAGUGCUACAGAUCCCAUAUAACUCCCCCAUGUCCCUCUCCAGACACUCCUCAACGACUAAUGUCACAGAAAACAUGGAGGUGGAUGAAAGGAGUCUGUUCAGGAAACCCAACACUGUCCCCAGGCUGUCAUUAAUCAGUCCUCCACAAGAUGGACGAGUGGGCACCAUCCCUCACAGGUCGUCCAAUCGGAACAUGCUGGCCAACCAUUCAGCUCGCUCAGCCACAGUCAGUCGUUUUCAAGGAUCUCCAGUGAUCCCAGAUGUUUCAUAUGGGCAGAGUUCUGGAUGGAAGUCUCCGAUCUUCAAGCUGCCCUCCUCCUUCAGACACUCCAUGUCCUCCCUGGUCUGCCCUCCUCCUUAA